AUGCCGGCAGCAGCAGUGAAGCCCGCCGUGGAGGACAUGGUGGCGGAGGGGGCGGGCGUGGGCGAGCGCGGGGCGUCCCAGUGGGAGGCGCCCGGGCUGGGCCGGGACAGGCCGCCGUUGCCCUCCCUGAAGGUCCCCAGGGAGCUGCUGCGGCGCUUCCCCCACUCCAAACGGGUGGGCUCCUACCUGGUGGGGAAGAUGAUCAACAAGGGCUCCUUUGCCAAAGUGAUGGAGGGGCUGCACAUCGGCACGGGGGAAAAGGUAGCCAUCAAGGUGAUCGACAAGAAGAAAGCCCGCCAGGACUCCUACGUGCUGAAAAACAUGAAGCGGGAGCCUCGAAUCCAUCAGAUGGUCCGACACCCUCACAUCGUGGUCCUGCUGGAGACCCUGGAGACGGAGAACAGCUACUACAUGGCCAUGGAGCUCUGCGCCGGGGGAGACCUGAUGGACAGGAUCUGCGAGAGGAAGCGGCUGGAGGAGAGGGAGGUGCGGCGCUACACCCGGCAGAUCCUCUCCGCCGUGGAGCACCUGCACAAACACGGCAUCGUGCACAGAGAUUUGAAGAUUGAAAACUUCCUCCUGGAUGAGCACAACAACAUAAAGAUUGUAGAUUUCGGUCUGAGCAACACUCUGAAAGCUGAAUCUUUAUCGCUGGAGCUCCUCAGCACCCAGUGUGGAAGUCCUGCCUACGCCGCCCCCGAGCUGCUCGCUCACAGGAAGUAUGGGCCCAAAGUGGAUGUCUGGUCUGUGGUAAGCAUGUUCGCCAUGCUGACCGGGACUCUCCCCUUCACCGUCGAGCCUUUCAACAUCAAACAGCUUCACCAGAAGAUGGUCAGCGGCGAGAUCAGCAGCAUCCCGGCGGACAUCAGCAAAGGGGCCGUGACCUUUGUGCUCUCUCUUCUGGAGCCGGAUCCAGAGAAGAGACCCAGCGUCAAGGCAGCCAUGGAGGAGAAAUGGAUCAAUGAGGGAUAUUCCAAGAGGCCACUGCACACACUGUCUCAUAAAAACAGACUGUGCCCAGAGGAUCUGAACUCGUCGGUGCUGGCGUACAUGACGGAGACGCUGGGCUACUCGCUCUCCGAGAUCAUCAACACGCUCACCACCAACCGGCCCUGCGCCAUCAUGGCCGCCUACCACCUGCUGCUGAGCAAAUUCAACAGGAGCCAGAAAGGGGCCAAGGCCGGCAAGGUUCACCCUCCACCCAACACAGACUUCCCCUCUCCGUGUCGCCGCCCGUGCCCCCCCCGCCUGGCCUCGCCCUCUGACGCCCAGCAGCCGGCAGACCACGGGGCGACGGACGAGGAGAUCGCCAUCACCGUGGACACCAGAGAGGUUCUGUUUCCAGAGGUGCCAGUGUUUGGAGACAGGGAGCUCGUCCAUCUCUCUCCUCCCAAAACGUCUGCGUCCCAGCUCUGUGACUCCGCCCCCUGCCAAGUCCCCUUACCGCCGGAGCCAAUCAGAGACGGCUCGUCCAGGCCCGUCCGACACACGCACCUGCUCAGGACGACGCAGUCAGAUGGGGCGGAUCCCGGCUCGGACUGUUUCCAUGACGACCGACGCCAGGACGACUCCCAUCACCGGAGCAUCGACGAGCGCCUGGAGAAGCUGCAGACGUUCUACUCCGCUGACAAGAACGGCGUCUCUCCCAGGAUGCUCCUGGAUGCCGAGGCGCACUCUCCGGAGCGAGCGCACCUGGGCGCCAUGGAGACCGCGCAGACCUCGCCUUCCGCCCAGCUCCCCCGCCUCCGCAACCUGGCCCUGAAGGACGGACGAGGCCGGAAGAUGACCUGGCGCCGGGCGGCGGAUCUGAACCUGCCGCUGCUCCCUGCAGCCCUGCAAGGGAAGGCCGACAGGAAGAACCAGCUGCACAGCAUGGAGUACUGA